AAAUAAAUUGUGCACGCUAGGGAACACCAAAGCCCCCACUUUUUCUUAGGACUCAACCCGACCCCAUAUAAAAACCCAUACGACACCGUAAAAUGGCCACCGCCGGAAGCCGCCACCUCCUCCGCUUACUCCUCUCCUGCCGGAAAAUCACGGCACAAGUGACAACCACCAGCACCGACACCAUCAUAGCAAUGUCUUCAUCAUCCGAGCAAGAGUUCGCGGCGCAGUGUAAAGCCAAGCUCAACCGAGUGCCGAGGUGUCGCAAUUUGUGGGACGCGAAAAUAGCUUCUAGAGUCGGAGAGAAGCUUGGGGAUCGACUUAAGGAAGUUAAACUCUAUAACGUGGAAAUUGACGUUGAAGAGGAGAUUAAUCGGCCAGUUCAUUAUAGGAAAAUGGUGGCGCCGCUUUUUGAGUCCGUUAAGGGCAAGGGUAUUGCUGU